AUCAAGCAGAGGAAGAGGAGCUGCCACAUCUCAGCCGACUUUUAUGUUUAUAAAAAUAUACAAAUGUACAAAGCAGUUUGGACAUAGUUUUGAGACUUAGCUGAGAUCUGUGCGCCGUGGGCGAUCCAGUGGAUCAGCAUAUAAGGCUUUGCAGGGCUGAAAGAACUCACAACUUUGAACCAUGUUUGAAUUGAUAGAUCUGGGUGGAUCAAAACACAAGAUGUAGACGCAGAAGAAAAGUCAAGGCUAGGACACCUGUGGCAAGAUUAUGACAUGCAGAUUAAGAGGCCGUGUUUCCACUGAUGAGAGAGCUAGUGCACUGCAGACUGAUGACUUUCAGCCACAACCCACUGGCCCUCUAUCUCCAUCAUUUGACGUUCCUCCCACACUGAGAGAUAGUGAGUGUUACCAUGUCUUCAUUAGCUACAGCAGCACUGACUACCAGUGGACCCACUCCCUCAUCGAGCAGCUGGAGUCCUGCAGCCUGCAGGUCUGCUACCAUGAGCGUGACUUCACUCCAGGCCGCACCGUGUUGGAGAACAUGUCCGACUGCAUCCAGGAGAGCCAGAAGGUCCUGCUGGUUCUCAGUCCAGAGUUUGUGAGGAGCCGCUGGUGUCUCCUGGAGGCCAACAUGUCUCUGUUCAGAGACUGCCUGGAGAGGAAGCCUAUCGUCCCAGUGUUGCUGGAGCCUGGAGUCUCUAUUCCUCUACACCUUUGCCACCUCACCUACCUGGAGGCCAGCGACCCUGAAUUUAAGAGCAAGCUGUUCAAGGUGCUCUGCACCCCCAAUCAGCAACUGCAGGGCUCCACCGUGGUUCCCUUCCAGCCUCCCUCUAUCUACAAUGGGAAGGCCCUGCAGCCUUUGACAGCUGUAAAUGAUGAGGGACUCCACACAUGGGAUUCAGGUCAGUUCAGUGACAUGGAGGUGCCAGACCAACUGCGCCUGAUCAUUGAGGAUCACAACAAGUACAGAGAGGCUGUGAGGAUCCUCAACAGUGUCUCUGAAAAAGUUUGGCAUCGACCAGUCUGGGUCAGAGCUCUAUUAUACUUCAGUGGUGUCAUUUUUUUUUUACUUAUGGUGGCAGGUACAUUACCUCUAAUAGUUCUAAUGUUUCUAUCUGGUUACGCCUGCUGCCUUGCUAAAAGGCACUUUCCCUUUCCUAAAGCCAGCUCCACUGGUCACCUGGAGGGAGGAGUGUGUUUCUGUCACUACAGCAGCACUGACUACCAUUGGACCCACUCCCUCAUCGAGCAGCUGGAGUCCUGCGGCCUGCAGGUCUGCUACCAUGAGCGUAACUUCUCUCCAGGCCGCACCGUGUUGGAGAACAUGUCAAACUGCAUCCAGGAGAGCCAGAAGGUCCUGCUGGUUCUCAGUCCAGAGUUGUGA